AUGGCAACGGCAUCUGCUACAACUGCAUCUGUUGAUGAAGAUUUGGAUGAGUGUGGCCCACAGUUGAUUAAUAAAUUAGAAGGAAAUGGAAUAACAUCUGGUGAUAUCAAAAAAUUGGAGGAAGCUGGUUAUCAUACAGUAGAGUCCGUAGCUUAUGCCCCUAAGAAAUGGUUAAUUACAAUAAAGGGCAUUUCUGAAGCUAAAGCUGACAAAAUUUUGGCAGAAGCUUCUAAACUGGUACCUAUGGGCUUUACAACUGCUACAGAAUUCCACCAAAAGAGGGCAGAAAUUAUUCAGUUAACAACAGGAUCAAAAGAGCUCGACAGAUUAUUGGGUGGUGGUAUAGAGACAGGUUCCAUCACUGAAAUAUUUGGUGAAUUUCGAACAGGGAAAACACAAUUGUGUCACACCUUAGCAGUAACUUGUCAGUUACCCAUUGAACAAUCAGGUGGUGAAGGCAAAUGUAUGUAUAUAGAUACGGAAGGAACAUUUAGACCGGAGCGCCUGUUAGCUGUGGCGCAACGCUAUGGAAUGGAGGGUGCCGCCGUGCUUGAUAAUGUAGCCUAUGCUAGGGCUUACAACACGGACCACCAGACGCAACUUCUUGUGCAGGCUUGUGCUAUGAUGGCAGAAUCACGAUAUUCCUUACUAAUAGUAGACAGUGCGACGGCCUUAUACAGAACUGAUUAUUCAGGUAGAGGGGAGUUGAACUCUAGGCAGUUGCAUCUUGGCCGCUUCAUGAGGAUGUUGCUUCGUCUAGCUGAUGAGUUUGGCGUCGCAGUAAUAAUUACUAAUCAAGUUGUUGCACAAGUAGAUGCUGUUGGCGUUUUCAACGCGGACACUAAGAAACCCAUCGGAGGCCAUAUUAUGGCACAUGCCUCCACAACUCGGCUUUACUUGAGGAAAGGACGUGGGGACAAUAGAGUUUGCAAGAUAUAUGACAGCCCAUGUUUGCCCGAGACAGAAGCCAUGUUCGCUAUCAGCACUGAAGGCAUCACUGAUGCAAAGGAAUAA